AUGGAUCUCAACACCAAACUCAUUCUCGAUGAGCUCAAGUCGGUGCAAACCAACCUCACAAAUCGCAUCGAUGCGGUCGAGCACUCCAUUGGUGCCCGCGUCGGUUCCUUGGAGGACGCCGCGAAGGUGCUCGACGCCUGGAAGCCAAUGAUGGACGCCUCCGUGGCGGAACUGCGCGCGGAGAUUGGAGCCUUCAGGAAGACGGAGGAGAGGGUGGAGCUGCUGCGGGAGGAGAUGACUGCGCUGCGCAAGUCGGUGAGCCGCUCCAUCCUCGGCGCCACGCAGGCCGCGUCGACCGGCGUGCUGCAGCGUCCCAAGGAGUCUCCGGCGUGGAUUCCCGCUGGCUGGACUCACUUCCUCCCAUUAGGGCCCCACGAGGAAUCAAGUCACCGGGGAUUUGAGUCUUAUGCUCAAUCCCCGGUCAAGGGUACGUUCAUACCGCCUGAUCCCGAUUCCAAACCCAAGCUGUAUCGAUCCUAUUCGAGUUCAGCUCUCGUUGCUGGCACUCAGGGCGGUUCGGGAGGGGUACAUGGGUCUCUGGAUCAUCGUGGUCAUGAGGAUGGGGAUGGGGGCAAUUUUCAUCUACCUAAAAUCAAUUUUCCUCCAUUUGAUGGUUCCAACCCAAAGUUGUGGCUCAGGCGUUGCUUAGAUUAUUUUGAGAUGUACCUUGUUCCAUGCCGCCGCUGGGUCAAGGUGGCCAUCAUGCACCUGUCUGGCGCCGCAGCGUGUUGGUUGCAAUCGAUGGAGGAGCAGAAGGAAUUGGUGGAGCCUGUGCGUACGAAGAAGCUUCGGCGCCCUGAACCAUUUACCUUUGCAAAGGCUCCGAGCUGUGGGAGGUCUGUUUCUCCGGGGACUGUCGGGAGGAUGGCUAUGAUGCCUGCUUGGAAGCUGAAACUGCGGAAGCUCAAGUGUUUCAUGGGGCACAUUCAGGGUCAUCUAGUUCACAUCCUCAUUGAUUCUGGCAGUACUCACACCUUUGUCAGUGCUGCUCUUGCUGUUCAGUUGCAAGGUCAGUCGGUGCUUUCACCUCCACUCAAGGUCAUGGUGGCUGAUGGUUCCCAGUUGCUUUGCUCCAAUCAAUUCGAGAACCUCGUUUGGACUGUUCAGUCUCAUGAUUUUGUCUCUCAAGCUAAGGUGUUGCCGUUGUCUUCCUAUGACCUCAUUGUUGGCAUGGAUUGGUUGGCUUCUUAUAGUCCGAUGCACAUUGAUUGGCAACACAAGUGGUUGCUUAUUACACAAGGUCAACAACAGUGCUUCUUGCAGGGUUCUCUUUCAGCUCUGCCACCAGGUUCGGUGGUGCAGGUAUCAGCAGUGUUAUCAGAUGAUUUAGUUGCUGAUCAGGGAGCAAUACCACCGGAGGUCUCAACACUCUUAGCUGAAUUUCAGUCAGUCUUUGCUCCUCCUUCAGUUUCGCUAGCUACUUGGGAGAACUUGGACCAUCUCCGGCAGCAGUUUCCUCGCGCCGCCGUCUGGAGCCGGCUUGGCGCGCAAGGGGGAGAGGAUGUCACGGCCCAUGAUGCGGGCUCGCGCAAGUCAUCAGUAGCACAUGGGCCUGGGCCGGCUUCGGAAGAGGAGGCAGCAGCACAGGGGCCUGGGCCGCAACUGAGGCGCUCCAGCAGAGCAAGGGCGCCGAGCACGCACACCAGCGGGGAUGAGUGGGCGACGGCGUGA